UUUAUAUUUCCCCCUUGAAAGCGAGGAAAUGCUUGAGUUGUAAGUAAUGCUUGUGAAGUAACUUAUUUCUUUUUACUGCUUUAUUCUGUGUCGCAUUAGUACGUUGACACAGGAGAACCUUGUAUUCAGUAGCUUGUUUGCAAACUGUUUCGUCAGACGUUUUGUGGCAGGCGCUAGAUGAGUUGUGUGGCUUAGACUGAGCAAUUGGUUGGCUAACGGUAACAAACGUCUUCCACCCCCCAGCCCCACAGAUACGACUGCUAACUGAUACGCAAGAAAAAGUGAAACUAUCGAAAGCUACAUCGACAAUGUCUUGGAAUUUGCACGUUAGGACCGCAAUAAAAAAGAAAAUCUAAUGUCAGCAGACUUAGCUAACUAGAUGCCGACGCGACUUUCUUCAAAAACCAACGAUGUUAUUUGUGAUUGCAAAACGUAUUAUCAUAAAAUAAAAAGAGUACUUUUCAUUUAACUUAUUCCACAAUGAAUCCUCCCGGUUUGUUUGGAAAAACACAAGGCAGCGCUUUUCAGGCCCCUGGUAACCCCAGCCGGAGUACUGGGUUGUUCCCAUCUUUCGGACAGCAGGGUACUAGCAAUACGCAACAGAAUGUUGGGUUCGGACAGACUGCAACAUUCGGACAGGCAUCAGCUUUCAGCCAGUCUGCGGGCUUUGGUCAGAACUCUGGGCAGACUUCCGUCUUUGGUCAAACCCCUGCCUUUGGACAGGCGCAGGCCCUGGGCCAGAGCUCCGUGUUUGGGCCGACUGCCGGUCUGGGACAAGCCUCUGGUCAGUCAUCCACGUUGGGACAGAACUCCGCCUUUACAUCUGCAUCAAUGAAUCCCCCUGCAUUCAGUCAGUCAGGCCUGGGACAGGGAAACCCGAGUGUUACCGCACCACCGUCUUAUGCGCCACCGUCUUAUGCGCAAUCCACUGGACAGACUCAGAGCUCUGUGUUUGGGCAACCACCUGCCUUCAGUCAGAACUCUGCAUUUGUGCAGCCGACAGGCUUUGCACAACCAACGUAUGGAUUCGGUCUGCCCUCCAGUAUUUCUCAAUCCUCUGUUGCUUCCACCCCUGCCACUGGAUCGGGUCAGGCCACAAGCUUCAGCCAGCCCUCCUUCGGACAGCCGUCUGCGUUUCCGUUGCCCGGUGCCACGUCAGGCUCAUCAGGGAGCACUCAGAGCGUCGUUCAGAGCCGAGGGUUCGGAACGUCGGAGUUCAGCUUCAAGCCAUCAGACGAGGCUCUGUUCAAACCUAUUUUCAGCGUGAGCCCUGAGCCGGGCAACUCCCAGCCCGCCGCGGGCCCGGAAGUGUUUGCCUCCGCCCAGCCGGCCGUGGCCAGCAUGGACAGCAGCGGGCCCAGUGGUCUGGACUUUAGCUUCUCCCAGCCUGCAGCGGCCCCCUCCAUCUCCUUCCCAGGUGCCAGCCUGCCGCAGACAGACACUCUUCCAACCACCAGCGUCGCUGCCGGGAAGCUGGAGUUCACCUUCUCCCAGCCGGCAGCGCCCUCCAACAGCGGCUCCGCUCCCCAGCCCGCCCCCGUCCCCAACAGCCCCUCCUCCUUCAGCUUCUCUGCCGAGGUCCUCCAACCCGCCGUGGGCCCCGCCGCGGUGGGCCGGGGCUUCGGCCAAGCGUCGGCCUUCGGGGAGCUGAAGGGCAAGCCGGAGCCCGCGGAUAAAGGAGGGGAUGAGGAGAGCACCGGGGAGGUGGUGUUCAGGGGUCUGGGGAAAGGAACCAAGCGGAAGGAGGAGUUGGGGGAAUGGGAGUCACAGGGUAAGAUGGGCAAGGUGGAGGACCCCCCAGGCAGAGGUGAGGCCCCCCGGCACGCUGGCAAAAGGCCGCUGAUGGGGUCCCGCGCCCCGGCCGGGGGGCUGUUCCGCAGCGCCAUGAGCAGCCUGAUUAAGUCAUCGGGAAACCCUAUGAAGAAGGAGCCCAAGAAAGAGGAGCCACCCCCGGAGUGGGAGGAGGUGGAGAGGCCUGGCCUGAAGUCGUACGGCGCCCACACGUCCCCCACCCCCCCCAGAGGGCAGGCCCCCAUCAGAGAAUUCACUGAGAAGGCUGCGGAAACCGCGGCUGUGGCGGUGGAUGAUCCCGUGCCUCAGGCCAGACACUCUCGGCGGACGGAGAGCAUGGACAGCCUGGGAGGGACGUCGCCCACAGACCUGACGGCCCUCCAGUGCAAGAACAUCCCUCCCAACCUCAACACCAAGGAGGUCCUUCAGACGCACUUCAUCCGCUUCGGAAGAGUGCGCCAAGUGUUAUGCCGACCCAACAAGAACAUGGCCAUCGUUCACUUCAACGACCAUGCCUCUGCUGCCAAAGCAAGGAAGAGGGGGAAGUCGCUACGCGGGAAGGAGAUCCAGAUAUUCUGGCAGAGGAAGAGACCCAGUCCCGGAGAGAAAGGGGAGGUGGCUCAGGUGGAAAAGAAGGUGGCCCGAGAAAGAGAAGAAGCCAGAGGCGGGGGCUUCCAGUCCCCCGUUCUCCGAAAACCCCUCCCUCGCUCCCUGGCCCCCAGCAGCAUUGGGUCCUUAACUAAAGGAUCCCCAGUGAAGAAGUCCAGCAUUGCAAAGUCCCUGCAGUUCGACCUGGAAGUGCAGCCGGAUCCCGGAGCGGAGGGCCAGAUUCCAGACCGCCCGGCCGACAGCCUGCCUUCCUCUCUCCUGCACCUGGUGGGCCAGCUGUGCGAGACCGCUGAGGAGAAGUACCGACUGCUGGAGCAGAAGGACAAGAUCCUGCGGCAAGGCCGGCCCAAGAGAACGGACCUUGUGCUGUCCAAAGUUUUUGUUGGGACGUGUCCAGACAUGUGCCCGGAGAAAGAGCGUUACAUGAGAGAGACCCGAAAUCAGCUCAGCUCCUACGAGGUCAUCCCAAACACAGAGAAGGUUGACCACACCACUGCCAUUAAGGAGUACAGCAGGUCGUCGGCUGACCAAGAAGAGCCCCUCCCCCAUGAGCUGAGGCCCCUCCCCGUACUAAGUAUGACCAUGGACUACCUGGUUACGCAGGUCAUGGACCAGGGCGAGGAGAACUACCGCGACUGGUAUGACUUUGUGUGGAACAGGACCCGAGGUAUCCGCAAGGACAUUACCCAGCAGCACCUUUGCGACCCCCUGAUCGUGUCCCUCAUCGAGAAGUGCACUCGCUUCCACAUCCACUGCGCACACCACCUGUGCCAGGAGCCCAUGAUGACCUUCGACACCAAAAUCAACAACGAGAACAUGACCAAGUGCCUGCAGAGUCUGAAGGAGAUGUACGAGGAUCUGGCCGACAGGGAGGUCUACUGCCCCCGUGAGGCCGAGUUCCGCCAGUACAACGUGCUCCUCAAACUCGACGACGGGGACAUUUUGCGAGAGGUGCAGCAGUUCCGCUCGGAGGUGCGGAACUCACCUGAGGUACAUUUUGCAGUGCAGGCCUUCGCCGCCCUCAACAACAACAACUUUGUGCGCUUCUUCAAGCUGGUCAGAGUAGCCUCAUACCUCUCUGGCUGCAUCCUCCACCGGUACUUCAACCAGGUGAGGCGGGCGGCAUUGAGGGCAGUGAACGUGGCGUAUACUGUGGCUCUGAGAUCCACCUUCUUCCCGGUGGACGACCUGGUCAGGAUGCUCAUGUUCCGCAGUGCGGGAGAGGCCUGUGACUUUAUCCAGCAGUUCGGACUGAACGUGUGCGAUGGGAUGGUGGAGUUGAAUCGCACCUCCUUCCAGGACCCCGAGCUGCCGGUGCCCCUCAAGAGGUCCGCAGACAUCAUGGGGAAGAGGACUGUUCUGAUUGGGGAGGUGGUGAACGGGGGGCCCCUGCCCAGCCCGCCCCAGCACACCCCUGUCUGCAGCUUCGACUCCCGCAACAAGUACCGCGGCGACGGGCCCCUGGCCGAGCCUGUCUACAAGGGGGUGUCACUGGGAGCUGUCCCACAGAAGCAGGCAGCAGGGCCACCGGUGGUGGAGCCACGGCCCCUGAUGGACCUGGAGGUCAGGGCCCCGCCCAAACCCAAGCCGCUGCCAGAGCCACAGAGCGAGACGGAGCCAGGAGCUCUACCUGACCCAGUCUCUGACCCUCAGCAGCCUUUCAUUCCUAUUGGCCUGCCUCAGCCCAUCCGACCCCCAUCACCCCCACCCAAACCAGAACCCGUCUACACUGACCAAGACAUCAUCGCUGAAGUGGAGUCUGUAGUAGAGGAGGUUUUGGAGACUGAGUGCUCUGAGCUGGCCAGCACAGUCACCCAGUACAUCUCCACUGCUCUGAGUGUGUGCGACGGCCAGGUGGAGGCGCUGGUGAGUGAGGUGCUGGAGAAGAUGCUGGGGGACGUGUGCUCCUCCGAGAUCCACGCAGAGGAGGAGAGGAAAGCGGAAGAGAAGAGAAUGCUGGAGGAGGCCAGACUGAAGCAGGAGCAUGAGGCCUUUCUGGCCGAGUUCAGCGAGUCCCUCUGUGCGGAGAUCAGCCAGGAGGUCCUGACCGAGUGUAUCGAGGGCACUGCUGCCUCCGAGAUCAGGCACGCGCUGGAGGAGAAAGCGGAGUGUGUGUCGCGUAGCUCGGAGGAGGUGUGCAGCAGCCUUGUGGAAGAGACUCUGCUGGGGGAGAUCUCCCAGGUGGCUCAGCAGGUGCUGGACGUGGAGCUGAAACGCAUUCACAAGUUCCUCAAGAGGUGGCGUGACGUGGUGGCCGUGCGCAGGCAGUUGAAGAGGCAGAUGCGGGGUUUCCCCGCCGCGCCCUGCUGUGUGGAUCUGCGCUUCAAGCUCAAAGCUCUGGUCCCCAGCGCCCCCUCCCAGCCCUGCCUGGACCAGCUGGCCCGCGGCGUGGUUGACCUCGGCAACGCCGGUCACAUGACCGUAUCCUGCACCAGAUUACUGAGAAUGAGGCAAGAAGCAAUCCACCAGAUGAGAGUACAGCACUAUUAUCAGCUGUUACUGAGCGAGUCGGUGUGGACCCCACUGGACCUUCCCCGCCUUGUAGUGGAGAACAUUUCACACCCGACCGACAGAAUCUUCUGGAAGGCUGCUCUCCUUUUGCCCAGUGACCAGGAGAGCGAAGCAAAUGUAGCCAGCAGGAUUCUGACCGAUUGGCUGGAGGCCAAAUUCAGUGGGGAUGAAGGGUCAGGUGACCCGGUUGCGGACCGGGGUGGUAAGAUGGAGACUCUCUCCAUCAGUAACGGGCUUGUGAGUGUUCAGGAGAGGACUCACAAAGUUCACGUGUGUGUUAAGGUGACCCGGGGGCCCCUGAGUGUGGAGGCCCAGGCUCUGCUGGAGAAGCAGAAGGACCUUCAGGGCACCUCCGCCCUCGUGCUGCUCCUGCCCCCCCUGCUGGGCUCCAGAGAGGAGAGCCAGGAGGAGCGGGAGGAGCAGGAGGAGGUGUUCCUGCUCUCCGCUCUCCUGCAGCUCCGUCAGCUGCAGCAGGCCAGCGCCGGGAUGCCCGCCCUCCCGCUGGCCGUGCUGGUGCCCGAGAGGAGCGGCCGGCCAAUCAGCGAUCAGAAAAUGGAGGGAGAUCUGAAGCUUCCAGCCCUGGUUGAGGAUGGCUUGAUUUCUGAGUUUGUGUUCGUACACAUCCCUGAGACCACCAACGACCUGCAGGGCUCUGAACAGAUCACCCAGGCAGUGAAGUGGCUGGCGGAGCGCUCUCCAGCCCCGGUGCUCCUCUCCUCGGAGACUCUGGUGCAGUUUGUGGAGGGCGGUCUCUGCCGUGAGUUCGGCUCCAGGCUGCACCAGGACAAGCUGGACCGAGAGGCGGCGGGGCUGCCCUGCCAGGACCCCGCUCCCAUCAUCCACCUGUACAACAGCGUGCUGCUCUUCCUGUCCGGCCUGGUGUCCUGCGACCGCCUGGCCGCUCUCUCCUGGCCCAUGGCCGAGUUCUGCCAGCCCGAGGCCCGCGGCCUGCUGCCCCCCCUGGGCUGGAACUGCCCCCAGCACCUGGCCUGGCUGCAGAGGGCCAUCCGCAGCCUGCAGCUCCCGGAGUGGGACCUGCCUCCCGCCUCCGCCCCCUGGCCCCGGCUGUGCGCCUCCAUCUUCCAGUACGCCUCCCAGAUCCCGCUAUCCCACCACAGCCAGCCCCUCCUCAUGUCCCGGCUGGAGAACCUGCUGGGGCGCGUUCUGGCGCGCUGUCAGCAGGGGGCGCCACCCGCCCCGAUGGCCCAGGGCGAGGAGUGCCUCAGCGGGGGACUGUCCUUCCACCAGGUGCCCUGGGACGAGAUUCUGGUCUUCUGCAUCGACCACCGGAUGAAGGACUGGCGUCCCCCUGAGUCCCCCCUGUCCGAGGAUGCCAUUACGGAGGAUGGGGAGAUCCUGGUGUACUUCCAGAAGGACAGGCUGACGGACUUCAGCCCCCCGAGCAGCUGGACUGCAGCAGUGACCCAGACCCACAGAGACAAGCAGCAGGGGGCUGAUGGGUCCACGCCUGUCCCAGGGCACAGCCCCAUGCCUGCCCCGGGGACGCCCAGCCUCAGGCAGAAGCUGUUCCACAGCCCGGGCCGGCCCCCUCCUCACCCCCUCGCCGUGCUGGACCUCACGCACACUCCCUCCAGCCAGCAGCUGCCCCAGCGCGUGCUCAUCGACCUCGAGGAGGAGAAGAACCAGAGCCAGAGGUUUGAGGAGCAGCUGCAGCGCUGGUUGGAGAGGGAUCCCCUGGACUCUUUCUCCAUGCCUGCUUUCAUGCCUUCCUCCCUCAUCUCUGUCCCUGAAAUCAUGACACCAGCAGCUAAAGCCAGCUCUGCCUGUGCUGAACACACGAUAACCCAGGAGACGGACACCAAUGUCCAUGGAGAUGAUCUAGGGAGCAGCUGGCUGAGGAGCAGGCCAUCUAUGGGCCAGAGACUGAAGGAGCUACACAGGCUUAUUUCAGUCCACCAGAGCGAAGAGCUGGCGUGUGGCCUCCAUCUCAACAGCCUGCUGGAGAUCGUGGAGGACUGACUGUCCCAUCAGGACCCUUUCCCUCAGGACUGCCACUGCUCAGCCUGAUUUCAGGAACUGUGUCCACAAUGUUUACGUUAAUACCGUAGAUUGGGUUUUUAACCCGUUUUCCCUAAAUAUAGCCAGGCUGAAAUAAUUUUAAAAUAAUUGAAAUCCUUUUCAUUAUGAGAACAUGCAUUACUCCUAUGCAUAUGUCACUGGUUGCUAAAGGAGUUGCUUAAAUGUCAUCACCUUUGUACAGUGAAAAUAGACCAUGGUGUCAUUCACGCCUAAAGUUUGAAGCCCUCACCCUGUAGGAUAUUUUUUUAUUUCUGUGCAAAAUGUUUAAAAUAAUUUCAUGUCUACUUACUACAUUAUUGGUCAACAAAUAGGUUUUAAGUUAAUUUGAGGUGAAUGUCUGAUUUUACUAUCAUUUUAAAAAAAUGUUCAAGAUAAUAUUUUUCUUGUUUGCAAUAAAGAUUUUCUUUUA